ACAUCUUUCUGGGACACCCUGUGUAUGACACUUUGAUUUUACCAGCUCUUGUCAGCAAGAUGUCAAAAAUAAGAUCGUGAAAGUUACGUCAAAAUGACAGCACACCGAUUCUAUAUUUUCCAUUUUUUUAAAUAAUAUUUGUAAAGAGAAGGGGCCGAAAAACCUAUCCUCAUGGCUCAUUCCAAGGACAAGAUGUCGGAAAUAGAUGAGCACAUCACGAAGCGUUUCGACAUCCAGAAAAGACUGGGCAAGGGAGCGUACGGGAUCGUGUGGAAAGCUAUAGACAGAAAAACGAAAGAAGUGGUGGCAGUGAAGAAAAUUUUCGACGCUUUCCGGAAUCAGACCGAUGCCCAGAGGACUUUCAGGGAAAUAAUGUUUUUACAAUCCUUCAAGAGUCACCAGAACAUCGUGAAACUGCACAGCAUUCAUAGGGCUGCCAAUAAUAGGGAUAUUUACUUAGGAUUCGAAUAUAUGGAAACGGACCUUCACAACGUCAUCAAAAGGGGAAAUAUCCUCAAAGAUAUCCACAAAAGAUACGUCAUGUAUCAACUACUGAAAGCUAUAAAAUACAUUCACUCUGGUAACGUCAUACACAGGGACUUGAAACCGAGCAACGUACUCUUGGACAGCCUCUGCAGGUGUAAAAUAGCCGAUUUUGGCCUAGCUAGAUCUCUGACAUUGGGCUUAGAGGGUUCUGUAAGCGACACUGACCCGACUCUGACCGACUAUGUUGCUACCAGGUGGUACAGAGCACCGGAAAUACUCAUAGCUAACAGAAAAUACACCAAGGGUAUAGACUUGUGGAGCUUAGGCUGCAUCCUCGCGGAAAUGACAGCGGGAAAACCAGUUUUUCCUGGUUCCUCGACCGUCAACCAGGUCGAGAAGAUCAUGGCAACUAUCCCCACACCGACUCACGAAGAUAUUAACCUAGUUUGUGUGUCUGGCAUGGGUUCUUCUAUGAUAAAAAAUGCAUCGUCAGUAACAAAAAUACCCCUCAACACAAUCCUAGGCCCCAAUGUACCACCUGAUGCCUUAGCUCUCAUCAACCAAUUGCUGGUUUUCAACCCCCACAAGAGACUGAACGCUGCCGAAGCAUUAGAACAGGAAUAUGUAGCAAAGUUCCACGACCCCAGUCAAGAAAUCACGAUGCAAAGCAACGUGGUGAUACCUCUUAACGAUGACGUACGUCUGUCUGUAGACGACUACAGAAACAAGUUGUAUGAACUGAUGUCGAGUCACCAUCCUAAACCUUUGACGGUACCACCUGUGGCUGUCAAACAGAAACAUCUGACGCCGGAAGUGUAUUCUAAAGUAUCCAAAACAGCAGAAAGGUACUUCAAGUCGCACGUGACGUUGAAAGAUCGCUCCUAUAUCUCGCAGUCGGAACCUAAGAUGCAUAAUCAGAGAGCUCAUUGGUUGCAUACGGCUAAUAUCAGGUCGGACUCCAAAGUUGUCUUGCAGCAAAGUUUGCCAGUACCGGCUAGACAUAGAGUAGAGAGUCUGAAGGCUGGAGGAGAUACUAGGAUACAGAUGAAAUCUAGUAGCGAGGUGCCGAAGAAGAGAUUUACUCCGAAAAGAAAUUAUUUGAGUGAAUCUUUCAAUAGUUACAAUAAAAGUCAUGGAAUUAUUACACAAAGUGCUCUCAUGGAUCUCAGAGCUGCUGGAUUGCGGUGAAAACAUCAUUCAACUUGAUCACAGUAUUAUUUUAUCACUUUUUAUUAUACUAUACCUGCAUUUUAUACUCAUUUUGCACAUUGUGUACCUUUUUAUAAUAAACCGAUAAACAGAC